UCGGGAUACAUCCUUAAGACUGAUAGUACAAAUAUCCAUGGAAAAAAGAUGCCUAAAGAAGUUGCUCGUGUAGUCGUUGAGGUAGCCCACGAUGAGAUGGCUAGGCUACAAUUUCCUAAUUUGAAUGCAGGGAUCACUUUGGUAGGUCAAGCAGUUGGGGUACCAGUAGCAUGGCAUAAACAUCUUAUUAUCGACGAAAAAGAGAAAGCAAGAAGAUAUUGAGGCAAUGAUACCUUCCACUCAACAUCCACAGCCCCCAAAGCUUCCGCGUGUAGAGCCAUUGACACAAGAGGUAGUGUCAAUCUCUCACAAUGAUUCGACAUCUAUGUCAAGCAAUUUGAUCUCUUUAUUGAAGUUUGUAUCACCAUGGGAUAAUGACUACCACAAGAAGAUUAAUAUCCCAUCGCAUGUUUUUGGAUACAACACGAUUGCUACGCUUUUCAAGGAUGAUGUGACGCAAUUUUGCAACAUGGACAAGAUUGGGCAAACUCCAAUGAUAUUGUAUUUGAGGUUGUUGGAUGAUAUACUACAUACCAAUGGGUUGGAUCAUUUGUACGCAUUUCAGCAUCCAGGUGAAGUUAGUGUAGGUCAUGAGAAUAAGCGUGCCCAAGCACUUAAAGAUUGAUUCAUUCAAAUGGGCGAGAAGCAGUUCCUUAUUUGUCCCUAGAAUAACAAGUAAGUUUAUAUUGAGUUUUGAAAUGUUAAGUUCAUAUAGUCAUCUUCUAAAUAUUUGAUUGUUUGUUUUCUAGUGAACAUUGGAUGUUAUUGCUAUUUCAACCUCACUCACAUUCAGUGGCGUUCUUGGAUCCCAUUAACCUUCAAUUACGCAUUGAGAUUAAAAAUAUAGUUAGGCUGUAAGUUUAUAUAAGUUUCAUUCCUUAAAGUAUAUUAUCUUUUUAAUAGUACUUGUUUGCUAA